CGCAGGCCGUAGCCUCCUUGUCUCCCCUCCGGUCCAGUGGUGGCGGGGACCCGACCUGCUGGGGUCCCGCACUCCGCUCCCGCCAGUCAUGGUGGGUCACCUGCAUCUGCAGGCCAUGGGGGACACACGAGAGCAGAGCCGCGACGGCUUGCUGGACAGUCCCGACUCGGGACUGCCCCCCAGUCCCAGUCCUAGCCCGCCCUUCUACGCCCUGUCGCCGGGCACCCUGGAAGCCCGUGCCACCACCGAACCCCCAGGACCCAAUGAGGCGCCAGCGGCCACUUCCCUCUUCCAAAGUCCCCCAGCCCAGGAGAUGAGGCCCCGUCUGCUGCCUGUAUUCUUUGGAGAGAGCAUCAAGGUGGACCCCGAACCUGCGCAUGAAAUCCGCUGCAACUCUGAGGUCACCUACGCCUCAGAGAGGUACUUCCGCGACAAGAUCUUCUACGCUCCGGUGCCUACAGUCACAGCCUACAGUGAGACCAUAGUGGCGGCACCCAACUGCACGUGGCGCAGCUACCGCAGCCAGCUGACCCUGGAGCCUCGCCCACGUGCCCUGCGGUUCGGAAGCACGGCGAUCAUCUUCCCCAAGCUGGCCCGCAGCUCUUUCCGCACCACGCUGCACUGCAGCCUGGGCCAGCCACGCCACUGGUUCUCCUCCAGCCUGCAGCUGCAAUGGUGUGGGGAGGCCGUGCCCAGUUCCCACAGCCCCGAUGUACUCUGAGGAGCCCAGGGUUGGUGGCAGAGGAGCGGAGUCUGGGAGAGGUCCCAGAAAGACGGACAGAUGGAUGGGGGCUCGGCCUGGAACCUGGGCCCUGUGGUCUGGACCAGCGAGCAUGAGGCUGCUUCUGGCAGUCUGUCCCCACCACAAGCUGGGCUGGCUGUGCCCGAGCUCCAGCCUGGAGGAGUCUGAAUGCAUCUUUCAUUACCUUUUAUAGCUGCCAGGCUGUAUGGCUUCGGGAGCAGGGCCAAGCAUGUCCUGGAGUGCCCUUGAGGCAGAGACAGCCCUGUGUAUCACAGGACACGGGACCCAGCCUCAGUAGUGGCCCGACUCCCAACCUCCUUCUCAAAGAGGAGUGUUUCCAAAACAGGCCAUUCAAACGUGCUCAUCCCCGCCGAGAACCCUAGGUGCGGAGGGCUGGGCUGGCUUCCCUUGGGCUGAAUUGGCAAAGACUGUGGCCUCUGGCUGCCCAGACCACAUCCUUCGUUAUGCAGGGUACUACCCUCCAGGGCAGUCCCAAGUGUCCUUACAAGACACAUUCCCAACUAGCUUUCUGGCGGGUGCCCAGGGAGGCUUCAAGGCUAAUGAUGGGACAUCGCCAACACCUGCCUAUGGCUGGCUCUGGUUGAGGUUCUGAGCCCUGCUGUGGACUUGAGAGGAAGUGUGUCAGCUCCUGUCGGCCUUCAUUCUCACCCAGGACGGAUCCUACCGUGACAGCAUGGUUUGAGUACCAGGCUCACCCUUCACCCUUGCAUCUAUGGUGUUGGGAAAGAGAGCCUUGAUUUUGCCAAACAACCUGGGGCUGGUCCAUGGCGCCCAGGCUAAAAUGAUCCCCCAUUUUAAGUCCACAGAGGUAAAGAUGUCCCUUUGGCCUCAGAUGUCCAGUAACUGGAAACCUGCCCGCUGUCCCUGUAGUGGCUCAGUGGAGGGAAGGGACACUCUUCGUGGGGCAAACAGAACUCAAAUGACUGAUAGAUUCCUAUCUAUAUAGCUUAUCAGAGGUGCCUUGUGGUUAAUGAACGACCUAAGUUGUUGGUGACUUAUCUUAAUAAAACA